CUGGGCAACAUGGUUGUAGUGGUGUAGCUAUUUUCGUUUGCCCUGUUAUUAGCUUCUUCUUGAGGCGUUUUGUGUCGAUUUGACAACUAAUUUUAGUGUAUUAUAUAUAUUUAUCAACUAGUCCAGCGAACACGAUGAAUAUACGCAACGCUCGGCCAGAAGAUCUGAUGAACAUGCAGCACUGCAACCUGCUGUGUCUUCCAGAGAACUAUCAGAUGAAAUACUACUUCUACCACGGCCUCUCCUGGCCACAGCUCUCCUACAUAGCCGAAGACGAAAAUGGAAAAAUAGUGGGAUAUGUUUUGGCUAAAAUGGAGGAAGAUCCAGACGACGUGCCCCAUGGACACAUUACAUCACUGGCAGUCAAACGCUCUCACAGGCGUCUUGGACUGGCUCAAAAACUUAUGGAUCAGGCCAGCAGAGCCAUGAUUGAGAACUUCAAUGCCAAAUAUGUCUCUUUACAUGUGAGGAAAAGUAACCGGGCCGCUCUUCACUUGUACUCCAACACGCUUAAAUUUCAGAUCAGUGAAGUUGAACCCAAAUAUUACGCAGAUGGUGAAGACGCGUAUGCUAUGAAGAGAAAUCUCACACAGAUGGCAGAUGAGUUGCAGAAGCCGGGUGUACGUCUGUGGGGGUCAGAAGCUCCUCCGUCUCAGGACACAUCUGUGACUGGUCUGGUGGAGAAGCUGUCUGUACAGGACGGUGAGAAGGAGGGAGACGGAGACAGCGGUGGAGAGAGUAAAGAGAUGAGUGAGGUCAGCGAGGCCACGGAGAGCACAGACGUCAAAGACUCCUCCUCAGACUCUUAACUCACCUCUCGCUCGUCUUUUAGGUUUCAAAUUUGUGUUUAUAUGCACCUCAAAUGGCUUUAUUUUCAAAAUACAGGAAAGGGGUUUUGUGAAAGCGGUUCAAUGCUAUGAAAUAUUUGCGAAGAAAUUUGUCAAUAAAGUUGGAGUUCAUAUUA